AUGUCGACAGUAGUAUCGGAGGGAAGGAACGGAGGAAACGAACGUUAUUCACCACAAGAUGACGUUUCGAAAGAACUUCCAGACAUCAACGGUCUUAGUCUCGAGGAAACAAUGGGGAUUCCAUCAUUUGACAGACUUCCAUCACCAACGCCUCGCUACUUUGGAUCGUGCAAAUGGUUCAACGUGUCGAAAGGAUAUGGUUUCGUGAUUGAUGAUAACACCGGGGAAGAUCUUUUUGUGCAUCAAUCCAAUUUGAAUAUGCAAGGAUUUAGAAGUCUUGAUGAGGGAGAACGUGUCUCGUACUACAUCCAGGAGAGAUCGAAUGGAAAAGGAAAAGAGGCUUAUGCGGUCUCAGGAGAAGUGGAAGGACAAGGGCUGAAGGGAAGUAGAAUCCAUCCGCUGGGAAGAAAGAAGGCUGUCUCGUUGCGUUGCUUCCGAUGCGGAAAGUUUGCAACUCACAAGGCAAAAGGCUGUCCGAAUGUGAAGACUGACGCCAAGGUGUGCUAUACCUGUGGAUCGGAAGAACAUGUCAGUUCUGUGUGCCCGGAAAGAAGAAGAAAACAUCGACCGGAACAAGUGGCCGCCGAAGAAGCUGAAGCGGCGAGACUCGCUCAAGAAGAAGCUGAUCGUUCAUCUCCAGAAGAAAAUGAAAGAAAGGAUGGGAAACUAGUUGAACAAAAGGAGACUGAAACUGCUGACAAGGCUGGAAAAUAG